GCCACCAUCACCAAUGUCAUCAUCACAAGACAACACACCCUUUACUGGUGCGCCUGUGUCUCAGGUGUCAGGAGCGAGUUACACACCAGCACUUUACAGCACCUGAAGGAGUCCAGCGACUAAAAAAGAUUUGUAUAUUUCUCCACAAAGACGUCUCGUCCCCAUGAGACUUGUCACAUCAUGAGAUCACGCAACCUAUUCCUAUUGGUUUACUUCCUGGCAAGCUGCUUUGGGCCAUCAAGUGCACAAAGAAAUGGAACAUGCAGUACAGCAGAAAACUGUGGUCAGGUGCCAGAUUCAACCUCGCACUUCCUCCACUGCGUGGGAUUGCCAUCGACAGACACAGGGAGAGACCACAUGCGGAGGCUAAAAGGAAUGCUUGAAGCAACGAUGGAUGUGUACACCUUCAUGAGGUCCAGCAUGACGGGAGUGCCACUUCUCAGCCUGCAGGGGGAGCUGGCAUUAAACCCCGAAGCAGACCCUCUCCAGAAUGAAGCUCUGGUUCAGAUGUGGAUGGAGGUCAAAAUAAAACCUAUGCUGAAAUCUAUCACCAAACACUUCCUGUCCUGCCUCAGCACCAAGAACUUCAGCUGCUCCACCUACCAGACUGUGGUGAGGGAGCUGAGUCACCAUUAUUCUGAGAUGAAUCCAGCCAGACAAAAGUGGAUCUACACAUUCUUUAUGUACCCCUUUCUGUCUGGAGACAGAGUGGCUGGCUGUGUGAGUCAAGAGGAGAGCAGUGAGGAGUGGUUGAUGAAGAAUUUUGGUGCCUUCAGAGUCAUGGCCCGAAUGAAUGACUUCUCAACGCUCAACAUGGUCUUCAGUGGAUUGGAGGUUCUCCACCUGCUGUCUCCAGCACAGAAGGCCGAGCUGCUGCUAAGGCCUGAGGUUGCAGGUUUAGACAACAGCACCCUAAACCUGGUCUUCCACAGUUUGUUGACAGGGGGAGCUGGCCCUCCCCCCACUGCCAGCCCUGAAGGAGGCCACAACUGGACAACUGGAUACCAUCCUAGCUAUCCACAGCCCACAUAUAACCCAUACCAGCCACCAUCCCCACACAACAACCUCAAAGAGGUUGUAAAUGGGUUCAUGAUGGCUUUCAGACCCAUUAGGAGCUUUGUUCAUGACUUUGUGUCCUUCACACAGGAGACGAACGUAUCAGAAAUAAGAAGCACCACUCUGACACAGUUCCUGCUCAACUGGACCCUGGCUGAGCUGGCAGAUUUGUACCGGCCCCAAAACACAUCUGUAGUUCCCGAGAAGCCAGAGUUUGACGUGACGAAUGUGGAGGACUGGUACCAGCAGGUGGUGGUCCCGUUGUUACGGAGGUUCUUGCCAAAUGACGGGGCCCUGAUGCAUCAAAACAUCACACUCGCCUUCCACGAAGUGUUCUAUCUCGACCAUGGCAUGGACAAUGAAACCUCUGAAAACAUGGAUGUCUGCAGCAUCACUCUUGAUAAGAGCCCUUGUGGGCUGACUGACGCAGUGAAAAAUGUGGCCAAUGUCCUGCACUGUGCUGCUCGUACCAACCUGACAAUGUCUGAGGAGACGAUCAUGAGAUUGAUUGUAGAGCUGACAGGACGUCUGAACUCACUGAUCAGAGAACUGUCGACAGUGAACUUUGGCGAGUUGGCGUCCGACUUUCAGCAAAUCUUUGGCGAGGUGGAAUCUCCAUCAAUGACCCAGGAACACCUGAUGGACCCGGACUUCAUCAAGCUCUGGUUUCAGAUCAAACUGAUGCCUCUCCUGCCUGACAUACCCACAGGCCUCCUGUCCUGCCUCAGCACCAAGAACUUCUCCUGCCCAGUUUACCAAACCAUUGUGGCAGAACUCAACAGACACAUGAGUUUUAUGGAUGAGGAUCCAGAGCAGAGUCAUAACAUCUAUGAGCACUUCAUCUAUUCCUUCCUGCUGCAUCACAACGGCUCUGACCCGCAGUGUUUGUCCUCAGCCGCUCACACUGCAGACUGGAUCCAAAGCAACUUUGGUGUCUUCUCAACAUUCGCCUCCAUCUCAGACUUUCACAGUCUUAACUCAAACUUCUCCGGACUGGAGGUUCUUCCAAUAUUGUCUCCAAAGCAGAUGGCAGAGAUGCUGCUGAUUCCUCUUCCCACUCCACCUGAGAAAGACGUUGUCAUUGACCGAGUGUUUGACUUCCUGUUGGAGUCCCCUGAAGACAGGAAACUCAUGGAGGUCCUGCACUACUUGGUCAAGCUCGCCAAAGAGAUGGAGCCACCCUGUGGUGUCUACAAACACAUUUUUGAGAGACUGUAUGGAGCCGUACCAUCUCUGCCACCAAGCAUUGAACCUGUCACCUGGGCUACCAUAGAUGAGCUGAUACUCAUGGCACCAGAGGAGUGCGUGCCAGAGAACAUCGCGUGCCCAAUAACCCAGUACAACGUUACUGACGUCUGCAGAGGAAUUAACAGCUCUGACCUGCAAUCUUACUUGAAAACAUCUAUGGAAGUUUCUUGCAAUUUUACCUUGGAGACAUAUGCAUGUGCACAGCUGGAGAACUUCACAACCAAUCAGCUGGUGUCUCUUCUGAAAUGUAAUUUGCCUGGAAACAGCAGCCACUCUAAGGUGCUGUGGAAGCUGCUGCUGACUAAACAUUCCUCUGUCUUGGACCCAGCUCUGGACAUCUUGGUUAACAUGUCCAUGACCAUGGUCGGCCCAUCAGCGUCAGUGAUUUUGGACGUGAUUGGAGAGAUCAGAGUGUCGAUACUGACGGAUGAGCAGCUGAUGAACAGCAGUGUCAUCGAUCAGUGGUUCUCCAACCGUCUGAGCGGGUUCCUGCCGUCUGCAUCAGGAAUGUUCCUGCGCUGUCUGAGCAGCAUGAACCUCAGUUGUCAUUCAUACCAGCAAAUACUAGAGGAAUUUAUCGACCCUGUUGACAACAUGACCUUAGAACAACAGCAUGUGGUGCUCAAGGAUUUCGUCCUUCGUUUCCUGUCGCACUCAGGUCCAGCCUGUGUGUCGGUCUCCAACGGCAGUGUAGAUUGGCUGAUGGAGAAUCUGGGUCCGUUUUCAAGACUACUGACAGUCAGAGAUCUGCUUGAUCUCAACUCAGACUUCAACCCUCUGGAGGCGCUACGACUCCUGACUCCAAAGCAGAGUGCAGAACUGCUGGUGGUGACUCUUCCUGCUCAUCCAGACAAAGACGUUGUCAUAAAUAUGAUCUUUGAUUACCUGACUGAGUCUCCCAAAAAGAGGGAAUUCACAGAGUUCCUGUCCGACCUCGUCAUGUUUGUCCCACAGGGAAACCUUUCCUGUUCAUCAUACAAAACACUGUUUAACAGACUGGACUUGGCCAUGGCUACAGUUUCUCCUGAUGUAGUGUCAUCCAUCAUUAACAGCAAGUUGGCCUUAUCCCAGCACAUACCACCAGGUUGCGUCAUAUACAGCGGACAGUGCACAGUUACCAUGACAAAUGAAACAGACAUUUGUGUUGGAGUGAACAGCACAAUGCUGCAGCUCCAUCUUGACAGCGGACGGAUGAAUGGAAGUUUCUGUCACUUUGCUGUUGAGGAAUUUGCUUGUGCCUCGCUGUCAUCGUUGAAAGCAAUGGAUCUGGCAGCGAUGUUGGCGUGUGAUCGCUCCUCCAACUCAAGCAGCUCAAGACCCGUCUGGAAGCUUCUCCUCUCCAAAGCCUCACGUGUGCUGGAUGAAGCUCUGGAUCUUCUAAGCAACAAGACUCUGGACCCCAGAAAUCCUGUUCUGUCAAUGGUUUUGGACGCUAUACGAGAAAUCCGAUUGGACAAAUUGAGUGAAGGCAGUCUCAGCGAUCCUGCUGUCAUCCAGCUGUGGUUCAACCACCGGCUUCGUCCAUUUCUGCCAGCAGUUUCCCCUGACUUUCUUUCAUGUCUCAACACAAAGGGAUUGAACUGCAGCACCUACCAGCACAUUUUGCAGAUUUUGGGCAGUCUCCAGCCACACAUGACGCUCCACAGGCAGAUGUCAGUCUACACAGACUUCAUCCAGGUUUAUCUGACCAGCAACAACACCAAAGCCUGUGUGUCAGCCUCCAACAGCAGUGCAGAUUGGCUGAUGAAGAAUCUGGGUCCGUUUUCAAGACUACUGACCGUCAGAGAGCUUGUUAAUCUCAACCCAGACUUCAACCCUCUGGAGGCACUACGACUCCUGACUCCAAAGCAGAGUGCAGAGCUGCUGGUGGUGACUCUUCCUGCUCAUCCAGACAAAGACGUCGUCAUAAAUAUGAUCUUUGAUUACCUGACUGAGUCUCCAAACGAGAUGAAAUUCACAGAGUUCCUGUCCGACCUAGUCAUGUUUGUCCAACAGGGAAACCUUUCCUGUUCAUCAUACAAAACACUGUUUAACAGACUGGACUUGGCCAUGGCUACAGUUUCUCCUGAUGUAGUGUCAUCCAUCAUGAACAGCAAGUUGGAAUUAUCCCAGCACAUACCACCAGGUUGCGUCAUGUACAAUGGACAGUGCACAGUUACCAUGACAAAUGAAACAGACAUUUGUGUUGGAGUGAACAGCACAAUGCUGCAGCUCCAUCUUGACAGUGGACGGAUGAAUGGAAGUUUCUGUCACUUUGCUGUUGAGGAAUUUGCUUGUGCCUCGCUGUCAUCGUUGAAAGCAAUGGAUCUGGCAGCGAUGUUGGCAUGUGAUCGCACCUCCAACUCAAGCAGCUCAAGACCCGCCUGGAAGCUUCUCCUCUCCAAAGCCUCACUUGUGCUGGAUGAAACUCUGGAUCUUCUAAGCAACAAGACUCUGGACCCCAGAAAUCCUGUUCUGUCGAUGGUUUUGGAUGCUAUACGAGAAAUCCGAUUGGACCAAUUGAGCAUAGCUAAUUUCAGCGAUCCUGCCAUCAUCCAGCUGUGGUUCAACCACCGGCUUCGUCCAUUCCUGCCAACAGUUUCCCCUGACUUUCUUUCGUGUCUCAACACAAAGGGAUUGAACUGCAGCACCUACCAGCACAUUUUACAGAUUUUGGGCAGUCUUCAACAACACAUGACGCUCCACAGUCAGAUGACUGUCUACACACACUUCAUCCAGGUUUACCUGACCAGCAACAACACAGCAGCCUGUGUGUCGGCCUCCAACGGCAGUGCAGAUUGGCUGAUGAAGAAUCUGGGUCCGUUUUCAAGACUACUGACCGUCAGAGAGCUGAUUCAUCUCAACCCAGACUUCGAACCUCUGGAGGCGCUACGACUCCUGACUCCAAAGCAGAGUGCAGCGCUGCUGGUGGUGACUCUUCCUGCUCAUCCAGACAAAGACGUUGUCAUAAAUAUGAUCUUUGAUUACCUGACUGAGUCUCCAAACGAGAUGAAAUUCACAGAGUUCCUGUCCCACCUCGUCAUGUUUGUCCAACAGGGAAACCUUUCCUGUUCAUCAUACAAAACACUGUUUAACAGACUGGACUUGGCCAUGGCUACAGUUUCUCCUGAUGUAGUGUCAUCCAUCAUUAACAGCAAGUUGGCCUUAUCCCAGCACAUACCACCAGGUUGCGUCAUAUACAGCGGACAGGUAAUUCAAUUGUGCACAGUUACCAUGACAAAUGAAACAGACAUAUGUGUUGGAGUGAACAGCACAAUGCUGCAGCUCCAUCUUGACAGUGGACGGAUGAAUGGAAGUUUCUGUCACUUUGCUGUUGAGGAAUUUGCUUGUGCCUCGCUGUCAUCGUUGAAAGCAAUGGAUCUGGCAGCGAUGUUGGCGUGUGAUCGCACCUCCAACUCAAGCAGCUCAAGACCCGCCUGGAAGCUUCUCCUCUCCAAAGCCUCACUUGUGCUGGAUGAAGCUCUGGAUCUUCUAAGCAACAAGACUCUGGACCCCAGAAAUCCUGUUCUGUCGAUGGUUUUGGACGCUAUACGAGAAAUCCGAUUGGACAAAUUGAGCGUAGCUAAUUUCAGUGAUCCUGCCGUCAUCCAGUUGUGGUUCAACCAUCGGCUUUGUCCAUUCCUGCCAGCAGUUUCCCCUGACUUCCUUUCAUGUUUCACCACAAAGGGAUUGAACUGCAGCACCUACCAGCACAUUUUGCAGAUUUUGGGCAGUCUCCAGCCACACAUGACGCUCCACAGGCAGAUGUCAGUCUACACAGACUUCAUCCAGGUUUAUCUGACCAGCAACAACACCAAAGGCUGUGUGUCAGCCUCCAACGGCAGUGCAGAUUGGCUGAUGAAAAAUCUGGGUCCGUUUUCAAGACUACUGACCGUCAGAGAGCUGAUUCAUCUCAACCCAGACUUCAACCCUCUGGAGGCGCUACAACUCCUGACUCCAAAGCAGAGUGCAGAGCUGCUGGUGGUGACUCUUCCUGCUCAUCCAGACAAAGACAUUGUCAUAAAUAUGAUCUUUGAUUACCUGACUGAGUCUCCAAACGAGAUGAAAUUCACAGAGUUCCUGUCCCACCUCGUCAUGUUUGUCCAACUGGGAAACCUUUCCUGUUCAUCAUACAAAACACUGUUUAACAGACUGGACUUGGCCAUGGCUACAGUUUCUCCUGAUGUAGUGUCAUCCAUCAUUAACAGCAAGUUGGCCUUAUCCCAGCACAUACCACCAGGUUGCGUCAUAUACAGCGGACAGUGCACAGUUACCAUGACAAAUGAAACAGACAUUUGUGUUGGAGUGAACAGCACAAUGCUGCAGCUCCAUCUUGACAGCGGACGGAUGAACGGAAGUUUCUGUCACUUUGCUGUUGAGGAAUUUGCUUGUGCCUCGCUGUCAUCGUUGAAAGCAAUGGAUCUGGCAGCGAUGUUGGCGUGUGAUCGCUUCUCCAACUCAAGCAGCUCAAGACCCGUCUGGAAGCUUCUCCUCUCCAAAGCCUCACCUGUGCUGGAUGAAGCUCUGGAUCUUCUAAGCAACAAGACUCUGGACCCCAGAAAUCCUGUUCUGUCGAUGGUUUUGGACGCUAUACGAGAAAUCCGAUUGGACCAAUUGAGCGUAGCUAAUUUCAGCGAUCCUGCCAUCAUCCAGCUGUGGUUCAACCACCGGCUUCGUCCAUUCCUGCCAACAGUUUCCCCUGACUUCCUUUCAUGUCUCAACACAAAGGGAUUGAACUGCAGCACCUACCAGCACAUUUUACAGAUUUUGGGCAGUCUUCAGCCACACAUGACACUCCACAGUCAGAUGACAGUCUACACACACUUCAUCCAGGUUUACCUGACCAGCAACAACACAGCAGCCUGUGUGUCGGCCUCCAACGGCAGUGCAGAUUGGCUGAUGAAGAAUCUGGGUCCGUUUUCAAGACUACUGACCGUCAGAGAGCUGAUUCAUCUCAACCCAGACUUCGAACCUCUGGAGGCGCUACGACUCCUGACUCCAAAGCAGAGUGCAGCGCUGCUGGUGGUGACUCUUCCUGCUCAUCCAGACAAAGACGUUGUCAUAAAUAUGAUCUUUGAUUACCUGACUGAGUCUCCAAACGAGAUGAAAUUCACAGAGUUCCUGUCCCACCUCGUCAUGUUUGUCCAACAGGGAAACCUUUCCUGUUCAUCAUACAAAACACUGUUUAACAGACUGGACUUGGCCAUGGCUACAGUUUCUCCUGAUGUAGUGUCAUCCAUCAUUAACAGCAAGUUGGCCUUAUCCCAGCACAUACCACCAGGUUGCGUCAUAUACAGCGGACAGUGCACAGUUACCAUGACAAAUGAAACAGACAUAUGUGUUGGAGUGAACAGCACAAUGCUGCAGCUCCAUCUUGACAGCGGACGGAUGAAUGGAAGUUUCUGUCACUUUGCUGUUGAGGAAUUUGCUUGUGCCUCGCUGUCAUCGUUGAAAGCAAUGGAUCUGGCAGCGAUGUUGGCGUGUGAUCGCACCUCCAACUCAAGCAGCUCAAGACCCGCCUGGAAGCUUCUCCUCUCCAAAGCCUCACUUGUGCUGGAUGAAGCUCUGGAUCUUCUAAGCAACAAGACUCUGGACCCCAGAAAUCCUGUUCUGUCGAUGGUUUUGGACGCUAUACGAGAAAUCCGAUUGGACAAAUUGAGCGUAGCUAAUUUCAGUGAUCCUGCCGUCAUCCAGUUGUGGUUCAACCAUCGGCUUCGUCCAUUCCUGCCAGCAGUUUCCCCUGACUUCCUUUCAUGUUUCACCACAAAGGGAUUGAACUGCAGCACCUACCAGCACAUUUUGCAGAUUUUGGGCAGUCUCCAGCCACACAUGACGCUCCACAGGCAGAUGUCAGUCUACACAGACUUCAUCCAGGUUUAUCUGACCAGCAACAACACCAAAGCCUGUGUGUCGGCCUCCAACGGCAGUGCAGAUUGGCUGAUGAAGAAUCUGGGUCCCUUUUCAAGACUACUGACCGUCAGAGAGCUGAUUCAUCUCAACCCAGACUUCGAACCUCUGGAGGCGCUACGACUACUGACUCCAAAGCAGAGUGCAGAGCUGCUGGUGGUGACUCUUCCUGCUCAUCCAGACAAAGACGUUGUCAUAAAUAUGAUCUUUGAUUACCUGACUGAGUCUCCAAACGAGAUGAAAUUCACAGAGUUCCUGUCCCACCUCGUCAUGUUUGUCCAACAGGGAAACCUUUCCUGUUCAUCAUACAAAACACUGUUUAACAGACUGGACUUGGCCAUGGCUACAGUUUCUCCUGAUGUAGUGUCAUCCAUCAUUAACAGCAAGUUGGCCUUAUCCCAGCACAUACCACCAGGUUGCGUCAUAUACAGCGGACAGUGCACAGUUACCAUGACAAAUGAAACAGACAUUUGUGUUGGAGUGAACAGCACAAUGCUGCAGCUCCAUCUUGACAGCGGACGGAUGAAUGGAAGUUUCUGUCACUUUGCUGUUGAGGAAUUUGCUUGUGCCUCGCUGUCAUCAUUGAAAGCAAUGGAUCUGGCAGCGAUGUUGGCGUGUGAUCGCUCCUCCAACUCAAGCAGCUCAAAACCCACCUGGAAGCUUCUCCUCUCCAAAGCCUCACGUGUGCUGGAUGAAGCUCUGGAUCUUCUAAGCAACAAGACUCUGGACCCCAAAAAUCCUGUUCUGUCAAUGGUUUUGGACGCUAUACGAGAAAUCCGAUUGGACAAAUUGAGCGUGGACAGUCUAAAUGAUCCUGCUUUCAUCCAGCUGUGGUUCAACCACCGGCUUCGUCCAUUCCUGCCAACAGUUUCCCCUGACUUUCUUUCAUGUCUCAACACAAAGGGAUUGAACUGCAGCACCUACCAGCACAUUUUGCAGAUUUUGGGCAGUCUCCAGCCACACAUGACGCUCCACAGGCAGAUGUCAGUCUACACAGACUUCAUCCAGGUUUAUCUGACCAGCAACAACACCAAAGCCUGUGUGUCGGCCUCCAACGGCAGUGCAGAUUGGCUGAUGAAGAAUCUGGGUCCGUUUUCAAGACUACUGACAGUCAGAGAGCUGAUUCAUCUCAACCCAGACUUCAACCCUCCCGAGGCGCUACGACUCCUGACUCCAAAGCAGAGUGCAGAGCUGCUGGUGGUGACUCUUCCUGCUCAUCCAGACAAAGACAUUGUCAUAAAUAUGAUCUUUGAUUACCUGACUGAGUCUCCAAACGAGAUGAAAUUCACAGAGUUCCUGUCCGACCUCGUCAUGUUUGUCCAACAGGGAAACCUUUCCUGUCCCUCAUACAAAACACUGUUUAACAGACUGGACUUGGCCAUGGCUACAGUUUCUCCUGAUGUAGUCUCAUCCAUCAUUUACAGCAAAUUGGCCUUAUCCCAGCACAUACCACCAGGUUGCAUCAUAUACAGCGGACAGUGCACAGUUACCAUGACAAAUGAAACAGACAUUUGUGUUGGAGUGAACAGCACAAUGCUGCAGCUCCAUCUUGACAGCGGACGGAUGAAUGGAAGUUUCUGUCAUUUUGCUGUUGAGGAAUUUGCUUGUGCCUCGCUGUCAUCGUUGAAAGCAAUGGAUCUGGCAGCGAUGUUGGCGUGUGAUCGCACCUCCAACUCAAGCAGCUCAAGACCCGUCUGGAAGCUUCUCCUCUCCAAAGCCUCACGUGUGCUGGAUGAAACUCUCGACCUUCUAAGCAACAAGACUCUGGACCCCAAAAAUCCUGUUCUGUCAAUGGUUUUGGACGCUAUACGAGAAAUCCGAUUGGAUAAAUUGAGCGUGGACAGUCUAAAUGAUCCUGCUUUCAUCCAGCUGUGGUUCAACCACCGGCUUCGUCCAUUCCUGCCAGCAGUUUCCUCUGACUUCCUUUCAUGUCUCACCACAAAGGGAUUGAACUGCAGCACCUACCAGCACAUUUUGCAGAUUUUGGGCAGUCUCCAGCCACACAUGACGCUCCACAGGCAGAUGUCAGUCUACACAGACUUCAUCCAGGUUUAUCUGACCAGCAACAACACCAAAGCCUGUGUGUCAGCCUCCAACGGAAGUGCAGAUUGGCUGAUGAAGAAUCUGGGUCCGUUUUCAAGACUACUGACAGUCAGAGAGCUGAUUCAUCUCAACCCAGACUUCAACCCUCUGGAAGCGCUACGACUCCUGACUCCAAAGCAGAGUGCAGAGCUGCUGGUGGUGACUCUUCCUGCUCAUCCAGACAAAGACGUUGUCAUAAAUAUGAUCUUUGAUUACCUGACUGAGUCUCCAAACGAGAUGAAAUUCACAGAGUUCCUGUCCCACCUCGUCAUGUUUGUCCAACAGGGAAACCUUUCCUGUUCAUCAUACAAAACACUGUUUAACAGACUGGACUUGGCCAUGGCUACAGCUUCUCCUGAUGUAGUGUCAUCCAUCAUGAACAGCAUGAUGGCCUUAUCCCAGCACAUACCACCAGGUUGCAUCAUAUACAGUGGACAGUGCACCGUUACUGCGACAAACCAAACAGACAUUUGUGUUGGAGUGAACAGCACAAUGCUGCAGCUCCAUCUUGACAGCGGACGGAUGAAUGGAAGUUUCUGUCACUUUGCUGUUGAGGAAUUUGCUUGUGCCUCGCUGUCAUCGUUGAAAGCAAUGGAUCUGGCAGCGAUGUUGGCGUGUGAUCGCUCCUCCAACUCAAGCAGCUCAAAACCCACCUGGAAGCUUCUCCUCUCCAAAGCCUCACGUGUGCUGGAUGAAGCUCUGGAUCUUCUAAGCAACAAGACUCUGGACCCCAAAAAUCCUGUUCUGUCGAUGGUUUUGGACGCUAUACGAGAAAUCCGAUUGGACCAAUUGAGCGUGGACAGUCUAAAUGAUCCUGCUGUCAUCCAGCUGUGGUUCAACCAUCGGCUUCGUCCAUUCCUGCCGGCUGUUUCCCCUGACUUCCUUUCAUGUCUCACCACAAAGGGAUUGAACUGCAGCACCUACCAGCACAUUUUGCAGAUUUUGGGCAGUCUUGAGCCACACAUGACGCUCCAGAGGCAGAUGUUAGUCUACACACACUUCAUCCAGGUUUUCCUGACGCGCAACAACACCGCAGACGUCAGCUGCAGCUUAAACAUUAACAACAGUGGAGAAUGGCUGCAGAAGAACUUGGGAGGUUUCUUGGCACUUGCGUCCUUCCAAGACCUGCAGACGCUCUAUCCUAAGUUUUCAGCGAUGGAAGCCCUACCACAGCUGACAGUCAGACAGCUGGCAGAGGUGUCCGCCACACCUGGCCAGCUCACCGCUCCUGCCCAGGUUACCAUGGUGACUAAACACAUCCCCAACCAACACCUCCCUGCCUUCUUUGAUGAAUACUCACCUGCUAUCCUGGGUCAUGAAAACAUGUUCCUGCCUGCGGUGAGGUCAGCCAUGUUGCAAGUUGUGUUCGAUCGUGCAAACCUCUCAGAUCACUCAGUGGGGGAUUCAGUUGUGCUUCUGUGGCUCCACAACCGACUCUCCCCCCUGCUGGUCAACCUGUCACCGAGCCAUGUCGCACCGUUCUUCAACAUACUGGCGGGAAGAAACUGCAGCACCAAGCAGCAGGGAGUCGAAGGACUGAAUUCAACAAUCUCCUCGUUCAGUGAAGUUACACAGCAAGAAAUCUACAAUCACAUCAUUCAGACUCUCAGAGGACCAAUACCUCUCCAGUGCUACGGUGACAACUACAACCAAAGUUUCUACAGUUUCUUGGAGCGCUCAUUCAUGGGAUUCCAGUUCCCCAACCUGACCACCUUCCUGUCCCUCAUGCCUGUCAACAGGAUGCAUCAGCUGGUGAACUCCAUGCCUCCAUCAGCUCUUGGGGAUUUUCUCCGUCGCCCUGAUGUUGUCGACAACAAUGCAGAGCUCUGUGUGAUCUACGACAACUACAUGCAGACACCGUUGUUCCUGGAGACUGAGUCUCUCCCGGCUGUGGUGCGGCGGCCCACACUGCCUUGCGUCUGGCCCACGGCUCUCAGCAGCUCUAAGAGGUCAGAGGUCAACGCUUGGUUUGACCGACGCCUCCAAAACUACUUGGCCUUCCUCACUAAGAGUCUGAUCAGCCCCAAUAGCACAAACACUACCUCCUGCCUGGCCUUCCAAAAGCUCGUUUCAGUUCUUGGUGAAUACAACUACACUGAUGCAGACUUUACAUUGCAAGAUGUGUUCAACACCAUCAAAGCCUACCUCACCUCAGUACCAACUUUGCCAAGGUGUUACAAUGACAAGGACCCAGAACUAAACUCUACAGCCUGGUUUGCUGAGUACAUCGGCCCUUUCAUGCCUUUCCUGACUCUGGAGGAAUUUCAGUCAUUAGGAUCUGCACAGGAUAUCCAGGUGUUCACAGUGAACCCUCUGAACAUUGCCCUCCUCAACCACUCCGCCUUACCUCCCAACCUCACCAACUACUACACAGAGCUUGUUUAUCUACAGGACAGCAACUUCAACCCCCUAUUUCUUCCUCUGUUGUGUCGGUGUGUCGUUCCUGGUCCAGCAUUCAGCCAGCUAACUUCAGAAGAAAGUAUAAUAGUUCUGCACAACCUGACCACUCUCUGCACAGACCUGGACCCACAGAUUUCUGCAGCUUUGGCGGGUAACCUUGGCGACGGCAUUGAUGCCACGGCCAUUUCUGCCCUCGGCAACGAAAGCAUCGGCAUGUCCACUGGUCAGAUCACGAUGAUAAAGCCUCAGGACCUACUUUUUUCCCUCAGCACCCUCAGCAGUGUGGUGGGCUGGAACGCAGGUCAGGCCAAGACCAUUGUCCUGUCUCUGAUGUCUUCGGGGUUGUUCCAGGUCAACAGUGCGUUGUCGUUGUUCCAGCUGGGCUCUCUUGUUGUGGGUAUACCCUCGACAACGUUCAACAGCAUCAGCGGCUCUCAGCUGAUUUCUGCAUCCAAAGAUCCUUCAUUUCUGGGACACUUGAUGACUGCUCCACAGAUCGUCCAGCAGACCUUUGUUACUCAGAUCAUAUCCAUGAACAGCAGCAGUGAGAUGAUCAUAGAGAACGUUCCAGAUGAUUUGGCCACUGAGAUCCCUCGCGUUCUCCUGGCGGGCUUCUCAAAGACCUUCAGCGUCAUCAACAGACUCAACAAGAAGAAAUGGAAACGGCAGCAGGCUGAGUUGUUCUUCGAUGUAAUAGCAGUGGACACUGCGACCGAAACUCUGGGAAGUCCAAACAAUUUGUCAUCCUCAGUGCUGCAGGGGUUCACAUGUACCGGAGUGAGGACCAUUAAAAAGGUGCAGAUCAAGAAGCUGAUCAAAGCCUGCCGGAGGACAGGCAGGAACAAGGUCAAACUGGUGGAGACUCAGUUGACCUGCAUGUACAACUACAUUAAAGUGGACUCAGAGGCCACCAGCUUCAACCUCUAUCCUCCUGAUAUGCUGCUGUACUAUGAUUACUCCCUGGUGCCACAGGCCAGCUGCAGGUCCUAUUUUGAACAGCUGACGGAUGCAGACUUCUCAGUAUUCUCCUUCGCCCUCAGUUACAAGCUGUCUGCUCUGUUUGCUAAUGCCAGAAGCUGCCUGGGUAUAACAAGCACAAGUUUGACUGAGGACAAUAUAUCAGUGUUGGGAAACAUGUGCUGCACUCUGGAUGCGUCCUACAUCGAGAACUCUGAUCCAUCUAUCUUGGAAAAACUCAAGAACUGCCCAUCCCUCACCAUCAAUCAGGUCGCCGCUGUUGAAACUCUGCUGCUAAGCGGGAAAACACCGUACGGAACUCCAUCAACGUGGAAUGAACAGACUCUGAGGGACCUCGGGACAUUACCGCUGUAUCUGAGUUCAACCUUCUAUGACAACUUCGACAAAAAAACAAAGCGGCGUUUUUUGAGGUACUUCAUGAGAGUUCUUAGGCGCACUGGAGUGAGCAAAGAAAUGAGGAAGAGGAUGAGGAGAGAAAUAAGAAAAUCCAUUAGGAAUAAGUCAAAGCGGUCUAUAGAAAACGAGUGCACUGUAGGAAUGAUCAGCCAGGUGACCAUCAGCGAUGAGACGUUCCCCUUUGACUAUGACGACAUAACCCAGUUCAACUGCUGCCUCAGUGCCACCACUGUCAAAGACAACUUGGAUGCAAUCACUGGGAAGGUGGACGAUGAGGAAUACCUCACCAUUGUUCUCAGCAAACUGAAAGAGGCUUAUUCUGCCAGCUCUACCAUCCCAGAAAGUCAGGUUCAGGUCUUAGGCCCGGCGUCCCGUGUGGCCACGAUUGAUGACAUCAACACGUGGGCCAUCACUGAGAUCGACACACUCUCCUCUUUGAUGGACUCGUCCAACGGGGAGUGGGACCCGAGCCUGGCUAAAGCCAUCAUCUCUAAGUAUCUGAGUAAGGAAGGCAACAAACUGGGCAGUGCUGAGCUCAACGUCAUCGGAGGCACCAACCUGUGCUCCCUGGACGUUAAUGUUUUGAAGAACAUUUCCCAAGAAAGCCUCAAAAACGCCGACGCACUGACCCUGUCCAACUGCACCACGGAGCAAAAGAAAGAACUGUUCACCAUCGCCGUACAAGCCUUUGCCACAAGCACACGCUCUCAAACUGUUCCUGCUACCACCUACCAGCUCAUUCAACCUUACCUUGGGGGCGCACGUUUGGCCUAUGUCCAAAAUUUGGCGGCCUCCAAUAUCAGCAUGGAUAUGCCAGCCUUCACCAGCCUGAAUGAGAGCGUCGUACUGAACCUGUCUGUCACUGAAGUUCAAGGUCUUCUUGGCACCAACCUGGCAGAUUUGAAGUCCUAUGAAAACCAAACGCUGGUACAGAGCUGGAUCCGCUCGCAGCGUCAGUCAGAGCUUGAGACGCUGGGAGUGGGGCUCGUGGGAGGCAGGGCGGACCCCACCACCACCAACCCUCCUGCUACUACAACCUCAUCAUCGACAACUACUGCUGGGUCUGGAUCCAGCAGCUCCACAACAGCAUCAGGAUCUUCCACCACCACGGGUAACAGCGGUGGCCGCAUCCGAGCAGACGCUGGCUUCUCUUUCCUUGCUCUCCUCGCGCUCCUCGUCGCUUCUCAGCACAUUCUAGUAUGAAGAAACAAAUAGCUAAUUAUUAUAACGGAUGAAGAUAUAUAUUAUAUACAUAUAUAUAUAUAUAUAUAUAUAGAUUGAAGGAAAUACUGUAAAAGAGCUGAUGCUGACAGCCACAGUUACCUCAAACCAUAAGUGACUUCAAAUUGUAUUUGCUACAAGCUGAACUUUUAAGAUACGAUAUGUAAUGUGCAAUAAGAAUGUAGUAGAUGUGAAUAAUGUGUUCUUUAUUAUUUCAUCCUCUAAAACCACACUAUUGGCUCUUAUAUUUACUUGUUUUACUUAUCCACUUGUUGCAAUUGUUAAAAUGAAGGGUUAACAGAAUAAUGAAGGUGAGAGUUUCUGCUGUAUUUGUGUUGAUGUAAUCAUGUGUAUCCACUGUGAGACUUCACUUCCUUUAGGCAGGCUCACCCUGAAAAUGCCCAAAGAUGUAUGAGAUUAUAAAAAAUCUAAUAAAUGCGCAUUGUAUGUAGCUGCACAAUCAUCAAA